AUGACUUCAUCAACUUUUCAUGCUAAAUCAACUGCACUUGAAGUUGUUCAAGGACUUAAUAUAAAUCUUGAUGGUAAACUAGUAAUUAUUACAGGUGGUACAUCAGGCAUUGGAAUUGAGACAGCUCGUGCAUUAGCAACAGCACAUGCACAUGUUAUUAUUACCGCACGAGAUAUGAAUAAAGGUGCAGAGGUUAUUGAAGAUCUUAAAAAAACAACUGGUAAUGAUAAAAUUGAAGUAAUGGAACUCGAUUUAAAUUCACUUCAAUCCGUUCGAGAUUUUGUUAAACAAUUUCAAGCACGUCAUUUACCAGUCAAUAUUCUUAUCUGUAAUGCUGGGGUUAUGGCGUGUCCAUAUGAAAAAACAAUAGAUGGUUUUGAAACACAAUUUGGUGUUAAUCAUCUCGCUCAUUUUCUUCUUACUACAAGUUUAGUGCCGGAGUUGAAAGCAGGUAAACCCUCGCGAGUUGUCGUUGUUAGUUCAAUAGCAAAUAGACGUAGCGGUAUCAAUUGGGAUGAUAUUAACUGGGAAAAAAAUUAUGAUAAAUGGUCAGCUUAUGGUCAGAGUAAAACAGCAAAUAUUCUCUUUGCUAAACAAUUCAAUAAAUUAUAUUCAUCUGAAGGUAUUCAAGCGUAUGCUUUACAUCCAGGUGGUAUUAUGACAAAUUUAAUUAAAUAUUUACCUAUUGAAGAACAACGAGCAAUGGGAUGGUUUAAAGAAGAUGGUACUGUUAUUGAUAGAUUUAAAAAUGUUGAACAAGGUGCAUCAACAAGUGUUUAUGCUGCUCUAGCACCUGAACUUGAUAAUCAUGGUGGAGAAUAUCUUGAAAAUUGUGCAAUUAGUCGAGGAAUUAAUCCAGAUAUGACAACAUUUUGGGGAAUGGGAGCACAUGCGGUUGAUAUGGAAUCAGCUGAACGUUUAUGGAAAUUGAGUGAACAGCUAGUUUCAGCAAAAUAA